AUGAGCGAAGACGAUGGCAAGAUAGUGGUGAUGGUGACUGGUGGGUCUGGUCUGGUGGGGGCAGCCAUCAGGGACUACAUUGUGGAGACUGGUGCCAAGGAGAAGGAGGAAUGGAUCUACUUGAGCUCCAAGGACGGAGAUUUGCGCAAGCGCGAUGAUACCGAGAAGAUUUUCAAGGAGAAGAAGCCUACCCAUGUCAUUCACUUGGCCGCCAAAGUAGGUGGUUUGUUUGCCAAUAUGAAUGAAAAGGUAGAGUUCUUUCGGGAAAAUAUCUUGAUCAAUGACAACAUUAUGGAAUGUUGCCGAAUCUACAAGGUUAAGAAACUGGUGUCCUUUCUCAGUACCUGCAUCUUCCCGGAUAAAACCACCUAUCCCAUUGACGAGACUAUGCUUCACGACGGUCCUCCCCAUUCCAGUAACGAGGGAUAUGCCUACGCAAAGCGCCUCAUUGAUACCAUGAACAGAGCGUAUGCCGAGGAAUAUGGAUGCAAUUUCACUUCCAUUAUCCCCACCAAUAUUUAUGGACCCCAUGACAACUUCAAUAUUCAGUCUGGUCAUGUUAUUCCAGGAUUGAUCCACAAGUGCUUUAUUGCCAAGCGCGACAAGACAGCCUUCACUAUUUGGGGAUCAGGAACACCAUUGCGUCAAUUCAUCUACAACAGGGACCUCGCUGAACUCACAGUGUGGGUCAUGAGAGAGUACCAUGAUCCUGCUCCCAUCACCUUGUCAGUCGACGAAGAGGCUGAAGUCAGUAUCAAGGAUGUGGCAUUGGCCAUUGCCAAGGCCAUGGAGUUUGAUGGAGAAGUCAUCUUCGACACUUCCAAGGCGGA